CAAUCUAGCACGCCGCUGUCCAUUGACUGCGAGCAAAAGAAACACAGUUUGCGGGAGCGACUUGAGCCUCGUCGCGUUGACCAUGUGCCGCUGUAACUGUUGAUAUCAGGUACCUAGCAAUGGACAGGCGACUCGAGUGGGUGAAGGAGAAGGCGUGCCUGGGCCUGGGUGUCGAGCCCAACUUGUUCGAAGCGGCUAUUGCGAACCCGGAGUCACGCGCCAGGGUCACCGCCUUUCUCGAUGGAACGGUCACCUCGUCUGCUCUCUUGUUCGCCCUAGAGGAGGCAACUAUUUAUGUGGAAGAGUACCAGGAGGUCCUCGCUGAAGAGCAAGCUCCCGAAGCGGAGGAUGGCGAGGGUGAGGAGCAUGACGGCCAGGAGCCAGGCGAGGCCGGUGGUGAGGGCGCCGAGGGCUCCACGGCGCCCGGCGACAGCGGCGACGGGCAGCCUGAGGACGCGCCGGCAGCAGCAGCAGAGGCCAACGGUGCAAACCCAGAGGACGAGGCUGCAGCGCCUGCUGAUGGCGCUGCAGAUGGUGCUGCCGGAGAGGGCGGCGAGGAAGGUGACGGCGCCGAGGGCGACGAGCCGCCCGCGCCCCCCGCGCCGAAGUACGUGCGCAGGGUGAUCAGCGUGCCAAAGGUGGUCAGCAAGCUGAACGUGGCGCUUGGCAGCCUACCGGAGGAGCUCAGCGUGUUCCCCGUCUUCUACUUCAUCCUUAACCGGUCGGGGCACGUGGCCGCGGAGGAGCUGGACAGCGCUGUGGAGUUUGGGCUGCUGAGCGAGGGCCCCUCUUUGCGCAUCCUGGAGCAGAUGCUGUCCAGUGUGUUCGUGCCCAUCCUGGUGCAGAUGAGCGGUGGUGACGUGGCCUCGGGCGGCGUUCUCAUGCAGUCAAUGACGGACAACUCCCACCGCGAGCUGUUGGGCAACAUGCAGAAGUUCCACAGCCAGGUCACACAGGCGCUUCAACAGCUCACCGGGGAUGUAACGCUGCAGCUGCCCGACUUCCCGCUUGAGGAUAUGGACCGGGCCGCGGCGGACACCGACCUGGUGAUGCAGCUGGAGCAGUACAUGGCGGAGUGGUCACAGGUGCUGGCUAGCGUGCUGCAGCGUGAGAGCCAGAAGCACCCCACGGGCAAGGGCCCGCUGGCCGAGAUUGAGUUCUGGCGCGAGCGCAACGCGGUGCUGUCCAGCCUGUACGAGCAGCUGAACCUGCCGCAGGUGAAGCGCAUGAUCCUGGUGGUGGAGAAGGGCAGCGACGACCGCAACCUCAUGGCGGGCUUCAAGUCCCAGCUGGGGGAGCUGACCAAGCUGGCCACGGAGGCGCGCGACAACGUAAAGUUCCUGACCACGCUGGAGCGCCACUUCAAAAACAUCGCCACGGGCCCGCUGGGCGGCAUCCUGGACACGCUGCCGCCCAUGAUGAACGCGCUGCGCAUGGUGUGGAUUAUCUCCCGCCACUACUCGGACGACCAGCGCAUGGGCAGCCUGUUUCAGCGCAUCGCGCGCGAGAUUGGCGACCGCGUGGAGGCGGCGGUGGACCUGCGCCACAUCUUCCGCAUGACCAGCGCCGACGCCGUGGAGCUGCUCAAGGUGUGCAAGAGCGUGCUGGAGCACUGGCUACAGACGUACAUGGCCAUGCGCGAGAAGAUUGAGCUGAGCGGCCGUGACGCGCGCUGGGAGUUCCCCAAGCAGCUGCUGUUUGCGCGCACCAACUACAUGGCGGAGAUCUGCACCGACCUCAUCGAGAUGGUGGAGAUUGUGGACGACUUCUUCCGCUUCCUGGGCCCCGAGCUCAAGACCGUGACAGGCGACACCGCCGGCAUUGACCGCGUGGUUCACCGCGUGGUGGCCAUGUACGAGCCCAUUGAGUCCAUCUCCUUCAACGUAUUUGACUACGGCAACCAGCACGAGUGGAAGGCUGCCAAGCAGCAGUUCUACGCCGACAACGAGGACAUUAAGGAGGCCACGCGCGAGCUAAUCGACACCUCCUUCCGCAAGCUGCGCUCCGCGGAGGGUGCCUGCGAGCUGCUGCAGAGCUUCAAGUCCAUCAAGUCCAAGGGCGCCAUCCAGAAGCAGGUGAUGAACAAGUUCAACGAUAUCCUGGAGCAGUUUGCCCGUGAGAUUGAACAGACCGCUGACAUCUUUGAGCGCAACAAGGAUGCCCCGCCCGUGACCAAGAACCAGCCACCGGUGGCGGGCGCGAUCAAGUGGGUGCGUUCGCUGCUGGAGCGGCUCAAGCGCACCAUGGCCAAGCUGCUGUCCACCGAGGAGGAGAUUAUCCGCACCACGGAGCUGGGCCAGGCGGUGGAGUCCAAGUUCAAGUCGUUUGCCCGCAGCGUCAUGCUGACGGAGAAGAAGUGGUUCAGCAGCUGGAGCGACAGCAUCAACGGCGUGGCCAUGCAGCACCUCAAGCAGACCAUCUUCCGCCGAAGCGCGGCAACCAACCGCGUGGAGGUGAACUUCCACCCCGACCUGGUGCGCCUGAUCCGAGAGACGCGGUAUCUGGACCGCAUGGGCUUCCCCAUCCCCGAGAUAGCGCUCAACGUGGCGCUGCAGGAGGACAAGUUCCUGCAGUGGCUGGAGGGACUCAACUCCAUGCUGUUCAAGUACUACGAGUCCAUCGACCAGCUGACUCCGGUGGAGCGCGAGCUGAUGGAGCGCAAGCUGGAGGAGCUGGAGAGCUGCCUGCAGCCCGGCUUCACCAUCCUCAACUGGAACAGCCUGGGCAUCACCGAGUUCAUCGGCACCUGCGACAAGGCCAUUGCCACCUUCCAGCAGCUAGUCAAGCAGGUGCAGAAGAACAGCGGCAUCAUCGAGCAGGUGGUGUACGCCAUCGCAGGCGCGCAGCUGGUGACGGAACCGGAGGAGGGCGCGGAGGUGAUGGACCUGCAGGAGUUCUACGAGGACAUUGAGCGCCAGCGGCUGGCAGCGCUGGAGAGCCUGGUGAAGAAGUACCGUACCAUUUCGCCGCUGCUGGGCAAGAUUGAGGAGGUGGUGGCUGGCACCAACAGCGGCAAGAGCCCCGCGCUGUCCAGCUACUACUCCUUCUGGGAGCGCGCCAUCUUCAACGCGCUCAACACCAUGGUGCUGUGCGCCAUGACCAAGCUGCAGGACAUGAUCGAGCAGCGCUCCAAGCACGCCGAGGGCGGCCGCAAGCCGCCGCUGUUCAAGGUGACGGUGUCGCUGCAGAGCGUGGACGUGGUGGUGCAGCCGCCGAUGACCGAGGUCAACAAGGCGCUGGGCCGCCUGGUGCGCAGCCUGGUGGAGUCUACCAAAGCGUUCGUGCGCUGGAUGGACGGCACGUGCGUGGAGACGCCGGAGCAGCGCGGCGCCACGGAUGACGACGAGCCUAUCGUGUUCACCUUCUACUGGGACGUUGCCGCCAACCCGCAGGUCAUUAAGACCAUGCUUAACCUCAACCAGUCCAUCCAGCGCGCCAUCACUAGCGUAAACAAGUACGCGGAGAGCUGGCGGCGGCACCAGGCGCUGUGGAAGACGGACAAGAACAGCGUGCUGGAUAAGUUUAAGGCGCGCGACCCCUCGGCGGCGCAGUUUGAGGACAAGCUGUCCAAAUACGCCAAGAUGGCCACCGAGAUCUCGGCGCAGGCCAAGGACUUUGACCAGGACUUUAUCCGCGUGUCCUGCCACGCGCUGGCGUCGUCCGUGUGCGACGAGGCGCAGGCCUGGGUGCGUGCCAUCGCCCAGACCAUGCGCGAGCUGGACGCGGUGACGGAGAGCCAGCUGCGGGACAAGAUCGCCAAGUACCAGACGGCGCUGCAUCGGCCGCCCGACACGCUGGAGGAGCUGAAGCAGGUGCUCAACACCGUCAACACCAUCCGCGGCGAGUCCAUGGUCAUGGAGCUGCGCUACGCAGACCUGGAGGAGCGCUACCGCACGCGGCUGCUGUACGCCACCAACCCUGAGGAGGAGUCGCAGUGCGCUCAUGAGCUGGCCAGUGCCAGCCAGGUACGGGCGCUGUGGACGGAGCUGCUGAACGAGGCGGAGGCGGUGGACUGGUCGCUGGAGGAGACCAAGAAGAAGUUCAGCGAGACGACCCGCAGCCAGGUGUCGGACUUUGCGGCCAUCACCGCCGAGCUGUGGGAAAAGUUCCGCACCACCGGUCCUGGGCUGCCCACCGUGGAGCUGGCGUCCGGGCUGGACGAGCUGCACAAGUACGAGUCCAACCUGGCGGACGCGCUGCGGCAGCGCGAGCAGCUGGUGCUGGCGGAGAAGCUGUUUGGCAUGGAGAUCACCGCCUACCCCGAGCUGGCGCAGCUGGAGAGCGAGAUCCGCAAGCUGGCGCAGGUGUACGGCGUGUACGCCGAGCAUGCCGAGGCGGUGCGGCAGUACGGCGGCCAGUUGUGGAGUGAGCUGGAUGUGGGCAAGAUGAUGGCGGGCACGGAGGCCAUCCUCACCAAGCUGCGCAAGCUCAAGAGCCUCAAGCUGCUGCCCGUGUACGAGCUGGUGGAGAAGGAAAUCCAGGGCUUCUACAACUCGCUGCCACUCAUGAAGGAGCUCAAGAGCGAGGCGCUCAGGAAGCGCCACUGGACGCGGCUGAUGGAGGUGACGGGCCAGGAGUUCGACAUGGACCCCAAGACCUUCACACUGGGCAACAUGUUCGCCAUGCAGCUGCACAAGUACGCGGAGGAGAUUGGCAAGAUCACCAACGCCGCUGUCAAGGAGUUGACGAUCGAGUCGGAGAUCCGCAAGCUAGCGGACGUGUGGCGCGAGCAGCGCUUCGAGCUGGGCAAGUACAUGAAGGGCCCCGAGGACCGCGGCUGGGUGCUGCGCAGCACCGAGGACAUCCUGGUGCUGCUUGAGGACAUGGGGCUCAACCUGCAGUCCAUGAUGGCCAGCCCCUUCGUGCGCCCCUUCCUCACCGAGGUCCGCGCGUGGGAGCAGAAGCUGUCGCUAAUUGGCGAGUGUAUCGAGGUGUGGAUGCACGUGCAACGCAAGUGGAUGUACCUGGAGUCCAUCUUCGUGGGCUCUGAUGACAUUCGCCACCAGCUGCCUGCCGAGGCCAAGCGCUUCGAUAACAUUGACCGCCAGUGGCAGAAGAUCAUGAACGACACCGCCAAGAACACUGUGGUGCUGGACGCCUGCAUGGCGGACGGGCGCCUGGACCUGCUCAAGUCGCUGAGCGAGCAGCUGGAGGUGUGCCAGAAGUCGCUGUCCGAGUACCUGGACACCAAGCGCUGCGCCUUCCCGCGCUUCUACUUCAUCUCGGACGACGAGCUGCUGUCCAUCCUGGGCACCUCCGAUCCCACCAGCGUGCAGGAGCACAUGCUAAAGCUGUUCGACAACUGCGCGGCGCUGGUGUUUGGGCGCGGCAACAAGACCAUCACCGGCAUGGUCAGCAGUGAGAAGGAGGGCUUCGAGUUCCGCAACGUGGUGCCCAUUGAGGGCGCGGUGGAGCUGUGGAUGACCAACGUGGAGGCGGAGAUGCGCAAGACACUCUACCAGAUUACGAAGGAGGGCAUUUUCUUCUACGCCAAGACGCCGCGCACCAAGUGGAUCAGCGAAAACCUGGGCAUGGUGACCCUGGUGGGCAGCCAGAUCUGGUGGACGUGGGAGACUGAGGACGUGUUCCGCCGCGUGCGCGACGGUAACAAGCACUCCAUGAAGGAGUUUGCGGCCAAGCUGACGGGCCAGCUGUCGGAGCUGACCAGCAUGGUGCGCUCGGACCUGAGCAACGAGGUGCGCAAGAAGGUGAACACGCUCAUCAUCAUUGACGUGCACGCACGCGACAUCAUCGACACCUACGUGCGCGACUCUAUUGUGGACGCCCGCGAGUUUGCGUGGGAGAGCCAGCUGCGCUUCUACUGGGACCGCCAGCAGGACGACAUCCUGAUCCGCCAGUGCACGGGCCUGUUCAAGUACGGCUACGAGUACAUGGGGCUGAACGGCCGCCUGGUCAUCACCGCUCUCACCGACCGCUGCUACAUGACGCUCACAACCGCACUCACCUACCGCUUGGGCGGCGCGCCCGCUGGCCCCGCCGGCACGGGCAAGACGGAGACCACCAAGGACCUGGCCAAGUCCAUGGCACUGCUGUGUGUGGUGUUCAACUGCGGCGAGGGCCUGGACUACAAGGCCAUGGGUUCCAUCUUCAGCGGCCUGGUGCAGUGCGGCGCCUGGGGCUGCUUUGACGAGUUCAACCGCAUUGAAGCCGAGGUACUGUCCGUGGUGUCCAGCCAGAUUAAGAACAUCCAGGAGGCGCUCAAGAACGACCUGACGCGGUUCCAGUUCGAGGGCAAGGAGAUUAGCAUCGACCCGCGCACCGGCAUCUUCAUCACCAUGAACCCCGGCUACGCCGGCCGCACCGAGCUGCCCGACAACUUGAAGGCGCUGUUCCGCCCCGUGACCAUGGUGGUGCCGGACCUGGAGCAGAUCUGUGAGAUUAUGUUGUUCAGUGAGGGCUUCGACAGCGCUAAGGUGCUGGCCAAGAAGAUGACGGUGCUGUACAAGCUCAGCCGCGAGCAGCUGUCCAAGCAGCACCACUACGACUUCGGCCUGCGCGCGCUCAAAUCGGUGCUGGUCAUGGCUGGCAGCCUCAAGCGCGGCGCGCCCGACAUGUCGGAGCAGCUGGUGCUGAUGCGCGCUCUUCGCGACAUGAACCUGCCCAAGUUCAUCUUUGACGACGUGCCGCUGUUCCUGGGCCUCAUCAACGACCUGUUCCCGGGCAUGGACUGCCCGCGCGUGCGCUACCCUCAGUUCAACGACGUGGUGGAGGCGGACCUGGCGGACCAGGGCUUCAAGGUGCUGACGGAGCCCAGCGAGCAGGUGGACAAGGUGGUGCAGCUGUAUGAGGUGAUGAUGACGCGCCACACCACUAUGGUGGUGGGCCAGACUGGCGGCGGCAAGACCGUCAUCCUCAACACCCUGGCUCGGGCCCAGACCAAGCUGGGCAAGAAGACGCACCUGUACACCAUCAACCCCAAGGCCAUCUCGGUGGCGGAGCUGUACGGCGUGCUGGACAAGGACACCCGCGACUGGACGGAUGGCCUGCUGUCCAACAUCUUCCGUGAGAUGAACAAGCCGCUGCCGGCCGAGCGCGAUGAGGCCCGCUACCUGGUGUUUGACGGCGACGUGGAUGCGGUGUGGGUGGAGAACAUGAAUAGCGUCAUGGACGACAACAAACUGCUCACGCUGCCCAACGGCGAGCGCAUCCGCCUGCAAAACCACUGCAAGCUGCUUUUUGAGGUGUUCGACCUGCAGUAUGCUUCGCCCGCCACCAUCAGCAGGUGCGGCAUGGUGUACGUGGACAGCCGUAACCUGGGUUACAAGCCCUACAUCUACACCUGGCUCAACUCGCGGGCCAAGCAGGCCGAGGUGGAUAUCCUGCGCGGCCUGUUUGAGAAGUACGCGGUGCCGUCCGUGGACUGGAUCCUGGAGGGCAUUGACGGCGAGGAGCUGGUGCGGCGGCCCAAGCAGGCCGUGCCCGUGACCAACCUCAACAUGAUCACGCAACUGUGCAACCUGCUCAACGCCACCAUCACCGACCACCCGCGCAUGAGCGACCCGCAGAUCUUGGAGGCGAUCUUCAUCUUCUGCACAAUCUGGUCGCUGGGCGCUGCAAUCGUGCAGCGGCCCGAGAGCCCCGACCGCGACCGCUUCGACGCCUUUGUGAAGCACAUCGCCUCCAUGGGCUUGGUGGACGGCGAGCGCGUGGCAGCCACGCAGCUGCCGGCCCGCUCGCUGUAUGAGUACUGCUUUGACACCAACGAGGGCGUGUGGAAAAGCUGGCGCAGCUACCUGCAGCCCUACGAGCCGCCUGCUGACGGCGCGUUCGCCAAGAUCCUGGUGCCCACGGUGGACGUGGUGCGCUCCACCUGGCUACUCAACACCGUGGUGGCGGCCGGCAAGCCCUGCCUGUUCGUGGGCGAGAGCGGCACCGCCAAGUCCGUCACCAUCGCCAACUACCUGGCGCACCUGGACUCCACCAUCAACAUUGUGCUCAACGUCAACUUCUCCAGUCGCACCUCCUCGCUGGACGUGCAGCGCGCCAUCGAGGACAGCACCGAGAAGCGCACCAAGGACACCUACGGGCCGCCCAUGGGCAAGCGGCUGCUCAUGUUCAUCGACGACCUCAACAUGCCGCGUGUGGACACCUACGGCACGCAACAGCCCAUCGCGCUGCUCAAGCUCUUCAUUGAGCGCAAGGGGCUGUACGACCGCGGCAAGGAGCUGAGCUGGAAGAACAUGAAGGACGUGCAGGUGGUGGGAGCCAUGGGGCCGCCCGGCGGCGCACGCAACCCGGUGGACCCGCGCUUCAUCUCGCUGUUCAGUGUUUUCGAGAUCCAGUUCCCCAGCAAUGAGAACCUGCGCACCAUCUACCAGGCCAUCCUGUCGCGCCACCUGGCCAAGCUGCCGACGGACGAGAUCCGCGACCAGCUGGGCGAGCGGCUGACAGACGUGACGCUGGAGCUGUACAACUUCAUCAUUGACAAGCUGCCGCCCACGCCCAGCCGCUUCCACUACAUCUUCAACCUGCGCGACCUGUCCCGCAUCUAUGAGGGCCUGCUGCUCACCGUGGGUGAUGUGUUUAAGACGCCCGAGCAGUUCCUGCGGCUGUGGCGCAACGAGUGCCUGCGCGUGCUGCACGACCGCCUGAUCAGCACGGACGACAAGCGGGUGAUGACUGAGCGGCUGGAGGCGCUGGUGCAGCAGAAGUUCCCCAACCUGGCGGCGCACACGCUGGCAUCGCCCGUGCUGUUCGGAGACUUCAAGAACGUAAUCAACGAGCUGCAGGGCGAGGGCGAGGUGGCCCCGCGCAUGUACGACGACCUGGGUGACUACAACUCCAUCAAGCCACUGUUUGAGGAUGUCAUGACCAACUUCUAUAACCGCAAGCGCAAGCCCAUGAACCUUGUGUUCUUCGAGGACGCGCUGGAGCACCUCACCCGCAUCCACCGCACCCUGCGCCUGCCGCAGGGCAACUGCCUGCUGGUGGGUGUGGGCGGCAGCGGCAAGCAGAGCCUGUCCAAGCUGGCGGCAUUCACAGCUGGCUGCGAGGUGUUUGAGAUCACGCUCACUCGCGGCUACGACGAGCUGGCGUUCCGUGAGGACCUGAAGCGCCUGUACGCCAUGCUGGGCUCCGACAACAAGCGCGUCAUGUUCCUGUUCACGGACGCGCACGUGGCGGAUGAGGGCUUCCUGGAGCUCAUUAACAACAUGCUCACCAGCGGCAUGGUGCCGGCAUUGUAUGACGGCGCGGAGAAGGACGGCCUUAUCGGCAGUGUGCGCGCAGAGGUUGAGAAGAAGGGCCUGCUGGCCACCAAGGAGUCAUGCUGGUCCUACUACGUGGACAAGUGCCGCAACAACCUGCACGUGGUCCUGGCCAUGAGCCCAGUGGGCGAGACUCUGCGCUCGCGCUGCCGCAACUUUCCUGGCAUGGUCAACAACACCGUCAUCGACUGGUUCGAGCCCUGGCCCGAGCAGGCGCUCACCAGCGUGGCCAGCGUGUUCCUUGCGGAGGAGGCGCUGCCAGAGGCCCUGCGGCCCCAGAUCGUGGAGCACAUGGUGACGGUGCACCAGAGCGUGCGCACCUUCUCCACCCGCUUCCUGGAGGAGCUGCGCCGCUACAACUACGUGACACCUAAGAAUUACCUGGACUUCAUUAACAACUACAAGCGCGCGCUGGCCACCAACCGCCGCACCAUUGAGGACACGGUGACCCGCCUGAGCGGCGGCCUGGAGAAGCUGAUCCAGGCGGCUGUGGAGGUGGACGCCAUGCAGAAGGAGCUGAGCCAGGCGCAGGUGGUCGUGGCGCAGGCCACCAAGGAGUGUAACGAGCUGCUGGAGGUCAUCAGCACCAACACCGUGGACGUGGAGACCAAAGCCAAGGCGGCGGCCAUCAAGGAGGCGCAGCUCAAGGUGGACAGUGAGCAAAUUGCAAUUGAGAAGGCGGAGGCGGAGGCGGCGCUGGAGGAGGCCAUCCCCGCGCUGGAGGAGGCGGCGGCGGCACUGCAGGACCUGUCCAAGGACCACAUCACCGAGAUCCGCUCCUACGCCAAGCCGCCAGAGCAGGUGCAGAAGGUGUGCGAGUGCGUGGUCAUCCUGCGCAACAUCAAGGAUGUGUCGUGGCUGGGCGCCAAGUCCAUGAUGGCCGACGGCAACUUCCUGCGCUCGCUGGUCGAGUUUGACAAGGACUCGCUGACGGACAAGCAGGUCAAGAAGGUGAAGGAGUACUUCAAGGACCCCAAGGCGCCGCUCACCUACGAUUCACUGCGCGCCAUCUCCACUGCCGGCGCCGGCCUGCUCAAGUGGGUGCUGGCCAUGGUCAACUACAACAACGUGGCCCGCACCGUGGAGCCCAAGCGCAAGAAGGUGGCGGAGAGCGAGAAGAACCUGCGCAUUGCGCAGAAGGACCUGGCCUCCACCAAGCUGGAGCUGCAGUCACUCAACGACCAGCUGGGCAAGCUGCGCACACAGUUUGAGGAGAAGACGGCGGAGCAGCAGGACCUUAAGGCCAAGGCCGACCUCAUGGAGCGCCGCCUCAUCGCCGCCUCCAAGCUGAUUGCAGGCCUGGGCUCGGAGCGCGAGCGCUGGACCCGCGACAUUGCCGACCUGGAGUCUCGCCGCGACCGCCUCAUUGGCGACUGCCUGCUGACCAGCUCCUUCCUGUCCUAUACCGGCGCCUUCACCGCCACCUACCGCCACGCCAUGGUGUACGAGAUGUGGCAGGACGACGUCAAGGCGCGCGGCGUGCCGGUGACGCAGCCCUUCCGCCUGGAGGCGCUGCUGACGUCAGACGUGGAGACGACUGGCUGGGCCAGUGAGGGCCUGCCCUCCGACGAGCUGUCCAUCCAGAACGGCAUCCUCACUGUGCGUGCCAACCGCUGGCCGCUGUGCAUCGACCCACAGAUGCAGGCCGUAAACUGGAUCAAGAGCCGCGAGGGCAAGAUGCUUGAGGGCAAGGUGAAGACCUUCAACGACAGCGACUUCCUGAAGCAGCUGGAGCUGUCCAUCCAGUACGGCUUCCCGUUCCUGUUUGAGAACCUGGACGAGUACAUUGACCCCGUCAUUGACCCCGUGCUGGAGAAGAACCUGGUGCCGGGCAGCAGCGGCAAGUUCGUGAUCAAGCUGGGCGACAAGGAGGUGGAGUGGGACAGCAACUUCCGGCUGUACAUGACGUCCAAGCUGUCCAACCCGCACUACGGCCCCGAAAUCAGCGGCAAGACCAUGAUCAUCAACUACGGCGUCACGCAGCAGGGCCUCACGGAGCAGCUGCUGAACGUCACGCUGCGCCACGAGCGCUCAGACCUGGAGGAGGCGCGUGAGGCGCUGAUCAAGCAGAUGAGCGAGAACAAGGCCACGCUGCAGGCGCUGGAGGACACGCUGCUGCGCGAGCUGUCCAACGCCCAGGGCAACAUCCUGGACAACAGCGAGCUGAUCGCCACGCUGGAGAGCGCCAAGCUCAAGGCGGUGGAGAUUGCGGAGAAGCUGGAGGCAUCCAAGGUGACGGCAGCGGAGAUUGAGGAGACCCGUGUGCGCUACUCGCCCGCCGCCAAGCGCGGCGCCAUCCUGUUCUUCGUCAUCGCUGGCCUCAGCGCCAUCACCAACAUGUACGAGUACAGCCUGGCGUCCUUUCUGGUGGUGUUCAAUGGCUCGCUGCACAGCAGCCGCCGCGACGCUUCCAUUGAGGGCCGGCUACGCAACAUCAUCGACACGCUCACCUACGACGUGUACGCCUACACCUGCCUGGGCCUGUUCGAGCGGCACAAGCUGAUGUUCUCCUUCCAGAUGACCUGCAAGAUCCUGGAGGGCGACACGCCGCUGGACCCGCAGCUGCUGGACUUUUUCCUCAAGGGCAACCUCAGCCUGGAGAAGGCCGCGCGCCGCAAGCCCUUCGACUGGUUCCCAGACGCGGGCUGGCAGGACCUGAUGCGCCUGGUAGAGCUGGGCCAGAAGAAGAUCGGCGCUGACGGCCGCAUGCACGCGCUGGGCAGCCUGGCCAACGAUGUGGAGAGCGACGAGGCGGCCUGGCGCACCUGGUACGACCUGGAGGCGCCCGAGGAGGCGGAGCUGCCCUGCGGCUACCAGUCCUUCCUGUCCGACUUUGAGAAGCUGUGUCUCAUGCGCUGCCUGCGCAUGGACCGCGUCACGGUGGGCAUCACGCGCUUCGUUAUCGGCGUGAUGGGUGAGAAAUACGUGCAGCCGCCCGUGCUGGAGUACCGCUCCAUCUACAAACAGAGCACGGAGACGACGCCCAUUGUGUUCGUGCUGUCGCCUGGCGCCGACCCCGCCUUUGAUGUGUUUAAGCUGGGCGAGGAGAUGGGCUUCCGGCCCGGCGCCAAGCUCAAGUACAUGGCGCUGGGGCAGGGCAUGGGGCCCAAGGCGCAGGAGCUCAUUGAGACCGGCGCCACACGCGGCCUGUGGAUCAUGCUCCAGAACUGCCACCUGCUGCCCACCUGGCUCAAGACGCUGGAGAAGAUCCUGGAGAAGAUCACCAAGCCGCACGCUGACUUCAGGCUAUGGCUCACCACCGAGCCUACCGACCGCUUCCCGCUGGGCGUGCUGCAGCGCUCGCUCAAGGUUGUGACGGAGCCGCCCAAUGGCCUCAAGCUCAACAUGCGGCAGAGCUACAGCAAGAUCACGGAGGAGGUGCUGGCAGACUGCCCGCACCAGGCCUUCCGGCCGCUGGUGUAUGUGCUGGGCUUCUUCCACGCGGUGGUGCAGGAGCGGCGCAAGUAUGGCAAGCUGGGCUGGAACGUGCCGUACGACUUCAACGAGACCGACUUCCGUAUCUCUAUGGCGCUCAUCUCCACCUACCUGACCAAGGCCUGGGACGCGCAGGACGACCUGAUCCCCUGGGGCACGUUGCGCUACCUCAUUGGCGAGGCAAUGUAUGGCGGCCGCGUGUCGGACUCGUACGACCGCCGCAUCCUCACCACCUACCUGGACGAGUACCUGGGCGAUUUCCUGUUCGACACCUUCCAGCCCUUCCGCUUCUACGCCUGCAAGGACUACGAGAUCGCCAUCCCGCAGACCGGCAGCCGCGACACCUACCUUAAGGCCGUGGAGGCGCUGCCGCUGGUGCAGAGCCCCGAGGCGUUCGGCCUCAACGCCAACGCCGACAUCAGCUACUACACCUCCGCCACUAAGGCCAUCUGGACCGACCUGGUGGACCUGCAGCCGCGCACUGGCGGCGGCGGCGGUGGCGUGGCGCGUGAGGAGUUUAUUGGCGGCGUGGCGCGGGAUAUUGCAGCCAAGAUCCCUGAGCCCUUCGACCUGCCGCAGCUGCGCAAGGAGCUGGGCACGCCCUCGCCCACGCAGGUGGUGCUGCUGCAGGAGCUGGAGCGCUGGAACAGUGUGCUGGGCGUCAUGGUGUCCAGCCUGCGAGACCUGCAGCGCGCGCUGAGCGGCGAGAUCGGCUUCAGCAGCCGGCUGGAGGAGCUGGCCAGCUCGCUGUACAACGGCAAGCUGCCAGCCAUGUGGGCGCGGCUCAACCCCGCCACCGAGAAGGCGCUGGGCGCGUGGAUGCUGUGGUUCGGGCGGCGCUAUCGGCAGUACAAGGACUGGACGGAGCACGGCGAGCCCAAGGUCAUCUGGCUGAGCGGGCUGCACAUCCCCGAGACCUACAUCGCGGCGCUGGUGCAGGCCGCCUGCCGUGACAAGGGCUGGCCACUGGACAAGUCCACGCUGUACACCAAGGUCACCAAGUUCACCGACCCCUACCAGGUGUCGGAGCGGCCCAAGUACGGCUGCUACAUGAGCGGGCUGUACCUGGAGGGCGCGGCCUGGGACCUGGAGGCCAGCCAGCUGCGCAAGCAGGACCCCAAGGUGCUGGUCAACGAGCUGCCCAUCCUGCAGGUCAUCCCCAUCGAGGCCAACAAGCUCAAGCUGGCCAACACCUUCCGUGCGCCCGUCUACGUGACACAGGCGCGCCGCAAUGCCAUGGGUGUGGGCCUGGUGUUUGAUGCUGACCUGGCCUCCGCCGAGCACUCCAGCCACUGGGUGCUGCAGGGUGUGGCGCUGGUGCUCAACAUCGAUCAGUAACAGCAUAGGCAAUGCGGGGAUGAUGGAUUGGACAGUGGGUCUAGAAAGGAAGAGAGAACGUGCAAGGAGCAGGCAAACAUAGGUUGCUAAUGUGGGGGGCGCAACGUGGGCUAGCAGAGACCCCAGGAAUGGUGCGGGCGCUGCAUGGGUUGGUUACGUGAACAUAUGCGCGAGCGAUACUGCUUGACAUUUUGAUUGAUGCAGGUCCGUUGCGAGUACUGGAAAGCUGUUAUGUGCGUGCGUGUGCCGGUAUACCAGUAAUAUGACGCCUGUAUGGGCACCUGUUGGAUGGAUGACAAGGCGCCGAUAAGUGUGAAGUACUAAACUGCAUGCUGUUACACGUGCUUGAGGCCCAGGGAGGGCCGUGCCGGGUGCUUCCGUGUACGAUGUGGGGGGGGGGGGGGGCUUGUGGGGACCGAACAAAGUACCGUGGCUAAAAUGGUGCAUAAAGGGGCACGCAGCAGGCUAUGUAACGUGUACUGCAGAACUCUCCUCAACCGUGCUCAGCGUUCGCAUUUCUCGCACUUCGAUGACAAGGAUACAGGGCAGGGUAAGGAUGCGGAUUACAAGUGAAGGGACAGCCCGACAAGCGGGGGCAGGGUAAGACAAGGUAGGACUGAGGCGUCAGGAGGCGUGGCCUGCAUCGAACGGUGCCUGCGUGCAGACUCAGCUCCCGCGCCCACAUUUUCCUCUGCCGUCGGUUCGCUCAAGCUCACUGCUAGUCCUAAA